AUGGAUCCACUAACACAGAAGUGCACUAAGUGCAAGAAACACCUACCUCUUACUCAGUUUGUUCCAGAGAGGGGAACUAAAACCCUUUCGCAAUGUGCAUCAUGUCGCGCUAGUAAAAAAGCUGCUGUUGCCAAGAAGAAGAGUAACGCCGCGAACACAGUUACCGACGGAUUCCAAGUCUGUAAUAGCUGUCACUCCUUAAAGCCUCUAGAUCAGUAUAUCCCGGAAUCAGGAAGACGCAGACUCAAGAUUACAACAUGUCUUACCUGCCGCCAGUAUCUCAAGGCUUCAGAUGUGAGAAGAGCUACAGCACUCCACGAACCUCCCCAAGUCGAACAUCCUCCAGUUGAAGCUCACCCAGUUGAAGCUCCCCAAGUUGAACACUCCCUAGUUGAAUUAGCUGAAGAUCCACUGGCGAUAUUACCAGAGUGGGCAAUGAUCUUAGCUUUUCGAGAGGGGUUAUCAGCUGAGAAGAUGGAUACCUAUUUACACUAUGAUGAGACAUGGUUUAGCAUGAACGUGAAAGAUAAUAUCUGUGCUCGGUGCCGUAAAGUUGACUUAGAUGCUACUCAAUGUCAUCUCUUUAGCAAGGAGAAUAAUAUGCACCCUGGCCAGCUACCAACCCUACCAGAGUUAACGCAAGUUGAGGAGAUGUUAAUUGCUCGUGUGCAUGUUUUCAUGGAAGUGCGACUCGUUCGGGGUCAACAGUUCAAAUAUCGAGGCCAUAUUGUCAACUUCCUACGGGAUAUUGGUAAAGUUUUUACUUAA